AUGGGAGGCCUAGCUCUCAAAAUCAAUUUGAUCAAGCGACUCAAGUAUGCGACGUCCUCCUACCCAUUUGCUAGGGUCAAAAUCGUGAAUCCAGCUGCCUGCGAUAGAACGACCUCGUACACGCGAAUACGCGGGAAGAAAGUAGAAGCCUUGGAUACGUACUUGCCCUUUGAAAUAGAAUCGUACCUUCCGUCUUUCUUCUACCGCUCUCCGCCUAUCUCAAUCCCCAUUAAAGGUCGAACAAUUUGCAGCCCUCCCUCCAUUUCCCCUUUCUCCCUCCUCCACCCAGUGGACGUCGCCACAACCACCACAACCGCAACGCAUUUGGUGCCCAGCUUCGCCUUACCGCACCGCGCAAACACAGUCAUCUACCGCUGCCGUUCAACAUCGCUUAUCCUUCAGGCCAAGCCACCUCCGAACCACUCAAAAUCAGGCUAG